AAGGCUUUGGCUCCUCUCACCCACUUUUGCUUCGCAACCACAACAAUUUUCACAAGUCACAAGCGCAGCGGAAUCGCGGAGAGAUAGUACAAUAGUGUGUUCACAUUAGUCCUUACAGGAAAGAGGCUUCUGCCAUGGGUGCAUCUCCCAGCCGUCCACUAGAACAAUCACCAUCAUCUAGUGAAGGAGAGAAUCACAGAGUUAAGUAUGCCUCAUAUACUACGCAAGGAUUUCGCCCGCACAUGGAAGAUGCACUUGCAGUUGAACUAGAUCUAGAUGCGACCACGUCAUUCUUUGGUGUUUAUGAUGGCCAUGGAGGAGCUGAAGUAGCAAUGUACUGUGCAAAACGAUUUCAUACUAUGCUUCUUGAGGAUGUAGACUAUAUCAACAAUCUGCCCAAUGCAAUUACGUCUGUAUGCUUCAGACUUGAUGAUGAUUUGCAACGAUCAAAUGAAUGGAGGGAGUCACUUAAUCCCUGUGCUAAUCGCAAUUGUCUCACUAACAUUUGUGCUAAUCUCCACCAUUUCACAGAGGAUUACGUUCCGCCGUCAUAUGAAGGUAGCACAGCAUGUGUGGUAAUCAUUAGAGGAAAUCAGAUCAUUGUUGGGAAUGUUGGUGAUUCUCGUUGCGUGCUUUCAAAGAAUGGUCAGGCAAUUAGUUUAUCCUUUGAUCACAAACCACACCAUGAAGCUGAACGCGAAAGAAUUCAAAGAGCAGGAGGACAUGUAUUUUUGCAAAGAAUUCUAGGAAUGUUAGCCACGUCCAGAGCGAUUGGUGAUUUUGCAUAUAAGCAGAACAGAAAUAUGCCUCCUUCACAGCAAAUGGUGACAUGUGUUCCUGACAUUCGCGUCGAAAACAUAACUGAUGAUACUGAAUUUCUUGUCAUAGCAAGUGAUGGUGUCUGGGAUGGCAUGAGAAAUAACAAUGUUGUUCAGUUUGUGCGUCAGGAAUUACGUCCGGGGGAGGAAAAUCUACGCGAGACUUGUGAGAAGCUUGUUGGUCAUUGCUUGCACUCAAAUGACAACGCGACUGCCAUACUGGUUAAGUUCAAGCCCAUUGAGGAGGACCCCGAUGAAGUUGCCAGUGCCAGGGAUGAACAUCAACACAACCCCGAGGGCGGUGAUGAAAAACUUGACAUCAACAAUGACAAUGACUAAUCACUGGCCCUCCAAUUUAGUGCACCUUAGUUCUUGCAAGGAUCUUAGCUAGCUGCAGGGAGUUUUGGGGUUAGAUCAGGAAAAGAAGGUCCAGAGAGUCCUAUUUUUGUCCAAGGCGACGUUGAUGGGAUGCCACUAAGUACGUAGUAUGAUGCCAUCAGUCCAUUAGCAUAGGAGACAGUCCGUUACAUUUGUGCCUGAGAGUCACUUGGAUUCGUUUAACGCACCUUUAUCAUUGUACUCUGGAUUACUGAAGAUUUUGGUCGAUGUAGUAAUACUCAUUUCACAAAUGCUCACCACCUUUUAUAACUUCUCUAACUAUGUGCAUGACUGCAUGCUAUGCUAGCUAUGUGAUAUAUAUGCUAUGAUGUA